GACCGCUCAACAGCACAUAAUAGUGAUAAUACUACUCAUUCUCCACAUAUUCCUCCACCGAUCGUCACAUAACUUUCUUAAUUACCAACAUCUACCUAGAAAUGACGACCUUCGGUGCCGCCAAGCUCCCCAGAUACCAGAGAUUGAGGCAGCACGACGACGACGACGGUUACUACGAUUUCGAGAAGGAGAGGGUGGUGGUCACGAAGGCCAAGAGUACUAGUAGCAGCAUUAUCAAUUGGUACAAGCUCAAGUCGAGGCUGGUGCCGAGUGUUAGCCUCAGGAGGAGGUUCAGGCUGAGAAGGAGAGUCGUGAGCUUGAGGAGGUUGUUGCGGCUGAGGAGGAAGAUCAAGUUGGCUUGUAGUCAUCUCAGAGUUUCGUGCCAGAAAGUAGUGAAGAGAUUAAAGGAUGGGCAGUCUCAGUUUGGCGAUCUGUUUGCCGGGAACUAUAUGUUCUUGCAGGUCAAUCCUUCGUCGUUGAAGUGCCUUGAUCACAGCCGGAGCAAUCUCGCCGGAGCAGGUGGGGAACAGAAGCAACACCACCACCACCACCUUCAGUUUCAGAACUUCCCUUCGAGGACAACAGGAAUGGGGUAUACCUAUCCAAGAAACUAAUUUAUUAGUAGUAUUAGUAUUUUUAUUUUUAUUUUCGAUCUGAAUAUUAUCUUUGUUUUCGUCGGGCUCAAUUCAAAGUGCUUUUGUUAGAAGCACAGAAAGCCCGGUGCAUGUUUGCUUCUUGCAAAAAAAGUGCUUAUAACAAUUCAGAAACUAUCAUCCGGUGUUUGGUUGUCUAAGAAAGUUUUUAAAUUAUGUGGGAAUAAAACGAUGAAGUCCAUGAUGCAAUUUAC